AUUAUAGGUCGCUUUACAAACUGGCCUCUCUGUUAUUCCAACGGCCAUGGCAUCAAUAAGGUGCUUGACCGUUAAUCACCCUCAUCAUCAUCAUCCACGGUUGAGUUCAAGUUCAAGUUCAAGUUCAAAACCCAGCAAAAGCACAAGCCAAGUGGCAGACAAGGCAGAGCAAGUGGUUCGAGUUUCAGUUCCCAUUUCCUCAUUGAUUUCAAGAAGAUGUGCGAUUCUGAUCACUUGGCUGCCUCUGAGCCUCAUUUCAGCGUCUUCGCCUUCGGAGGCCAGAGAGAGACGCAACAGGAAAGUCAUUCCUCUUGAAGACUACCGCACCACCCCAGCUGAUGGAUUGAAAUAUUAUGAUUUGGUUGAGGGAAAGGGUCCAGUAGCUGAGAAAGGAUCAACGGUUGAGGUUCACUUUGACUGUUUAUAUCGUGGGAUUACGGCUGUAUCAAGCAGGGAAUCUAAACUCUUGGCUGGAAAUCGUAGUAUUGCCCAGCCAUACGUGUUCAAAGUCGGAGCUCCUCCUGGGAAAGAACGAAAGCGUGAGUUUGUGGACAAUGCAAAUGGUCUAUUUUCUGCACAAGCUGCACCAAAACCCCCUCGAGCAAUGUACUCGGUAACUGAGGGGAUGAAAGUAGGGGGGAAGCGAACUGUGAUUGUUCCUCCUGAGGCUGGGUACGGUCUAAAGGGCAUGAAUGAGAUCCCUCCUGGAGCGACAUUCGAGCUAAAUUUGGAGCUUUUGCAAGUGAUUCCACCUGAAGGAAAGUGAGCCUGAUGCAGGAGGUUGUGAGAAGUUCAUGUUUGAACAACCUUUAAAAGAGUAGUGAUAUAGCCAGCCUCACAGAUUCUUUCGUAUGUAACAGAAAGUUUUGUAAUUGCUGAAUCAGUUCAUGGUAUCUGCAAUUUCUGUAUGCAAUUCUAGUAUCCGUUCGAAAGAAUAAAGAAAAUCAGGAUAACUGCUGUAAUUUGACAUUGCACACCGUUCAUGUAAAUUUAAAGCUUGUUACAGAUUCUUUA